AUGCUGUUUGGUAUCUCAGAGGUGUAUCACCAACGUCAAUGGGGAACAGUGUGUCAAGGUUACUGGGAUAUACCAGAUGCGAAGGUUGCAUGUCGACAACUUGGUUUUGCCAAAGCUGUAGGAGCUUCGCACUAUGGACGAGGGACGGAGCUUGGUCAAUGGGGAACAGUGUGUCAUAGCGACUUUGAUAUGAGGGAUGCCAAGGUUGCAUGUCACCAACUUGGUUAUGCUAAAACUGUGGGAUAUUGGUGGUAUGGACGUGGGUCGGGAAAAGUAUGGCUAUUUAUCUUGGAGGUGUAUCACCAGAGUCAAUGGGGAACGGUCGGUCGUAAUGGCUGGUAUACGGAAGAAGCGCAGGUUACAUGCCGGCAAAUAGGUUUCACUAAAGCUGUAGGAUUUUCGUGGGAAGGACGAGGUACGGGUAAAGUAUGGGUGAAUUACAUGGCAUGUACAGGUUCAGAGUCGUCACUUGGCAGCUGUCCUCAUGAUGGAUGGGGAAACGUUGGCUCUGGCUGCAAUACUCACCAAUAUGACGCUGGUAUCGUGUAA